ACAAGGACGACCAGGUUCUCAAAAUACCUGUAAGAAAGUUUCCGUUUUCUUUUUUUUUCCUGUUCUCUCUUUGCAACUCCAGAGACUAGUCCAUCAUCACCAACAUGGCCUGCCGACAUCGGUCCUCGACGACAACUCUCGCCAGACUGGCCAAGCCAGCAAGACUCACUCCCAGACUGAGCACUCAGCCCCAGCUUCAGUCCCAGGUUGCGUCGGCGGUCCGGUGCUUCAGCAGCUCUCGUCCCCGCCAGCUCAAGGAGACAAGAUGCCAGCAGGGCAAGUUCACCAGCGAGACCUACCCUGAACUCAAGAGGGAUCCUCGCUAUGGUCAGGUCACCAAGGAGCAUGUCGACUACUUCAAGGGUCUUUUGGGCACCGAGUCUGCUGUCAUUGAUGGCGUGACCAACGAGAACGCCACCGAUGAUAUCGAGCCCUUCAACAGCGAUUGGAUGCGCAAGUAUCGUGGCCACUGCAGACUCGUCCUCAAGCCAAGCUCGACUGAGGAGGUCAGCAAGAUCCUCAAGUACUGCAAUGACAACAAGCUGGCUGUCGUCCCCCAGGGCGGCAACACCGGUCUCGUUGGUGGCUCCGUCCCCGUCUUCGAUGAGAUUAUCCUCAACAUGGGUCGCAUGAACAACAUCAUCGAGUUCGACGAGGUUUCCGGUAUUCUGACUGUCGAGGCUGGUGCCAUUCUCGAGGUUGUUGACCAGUUCCUGGCCAGCAAGGGCUACAUCUUUCCCUUGGAUCUCGGUGCCAAGGGUUCGUGCCAUAUCGGCGGCAACCUCUCAACCAACGCCGGUGGUCUCCGUCUCUUGAGGUACGGAAGCUUGCAUGGAACGACCCUCGGUAUCGAGGCUGUCCUUCCUGAUGGCACCGUUGUCGAUGAUCUCUGCAAGUUGCGCAAGAACAACACUGGCUACGAUAUCAAGCAGCUCUUUAUUGGCUCUGAGGGCACUAUUGGUGUCAUCACCAAGGCUGUCAUCCAGUGCCCCCAGCGCCCCAAGGCUCAGAACGUAGCCUUGUUCGGUCUCGAGUCCUAUGAGGCUGCCCAACAGGCCUUCCGCGAGGCCAAGGGUCACUUGUCCGAGAUUCUCUCUGCUUUCGAGCUCAUGGACGCUGGCAGCCAGGCUCUUGUGCGCCAAGUUACCAAGAAGAACUCGCCUCUCGAGGGCGAGUACCCCUUCUACUGCUUGAUCGAAACCAGCGGAUCCAACUCCGACCACGAUGGUGAGAAACUCCAGACCUUCCUCGAGGACGUCAUGGAGAAGGGCAUCGUUGUCGACGGCACUCUUGCCCAGGACGAGACCCAGGUCAAGGCUCUUUGGAGCUGGCGUGAAGGCAUCACGGAAGCUCUUGGUCACCUUGGUGGUGUGUACAAGUACGAUGUCUCCAUCCCUCUCCCCGAGAUGUACCAGCUUGUCGAGGACACCAAGGCCCGCGUUGAGGAGGCCGGCCUCCUCGGUGACACGGAUGAGCACCCGGUGCGUGCUGUUGUAGGAUACGGACACAUGGGCGACUCCAACCUUCACCUUAACGUGUCUACCCGUCGCUUCGACGAACGGGUGGAAAAGGUUCUUGAGCCUUUCGUCUACGAGUGGAUCUCCAAGCGUCAGGGCAGCAUCAGCGCCGAACACGGUCUUGGCCUCGCCAAGAAGAAGUACAUUGGGUACAGCCGUACUCCCACCAUGGUCGGGUUGAUGAAGCAGCUCAAGGACCUCUAUGACCCGAACGCCAUCUUGAACCCUUACAAGUAUAUCUAAAAAGCCCACACCUUUGUUCAUUUGGAUGAAAACAUCAUUUCUUCCAGAUCCUGUAUUUAUGCGGCGGUGACUCGCUCGACUUCCACCUGGACGGAUUCUCUCCUGUCCAACAUACCC